GAGGGGCACAGAGAGAGAGAGAGGGAGACACAGAAUCUGAAGCAGGCUCCAGGCUCUGAGCUGUCAGCACCCAGCCUGACGUGGGGCUUGAACUCACAAGCGAGAUUAUGACCUGAGCCGAUGUUGGACACCCAACCGACUGAGCCACCAAGGCACCCCAAGCCACCCCUGUCUUCACUUUCUUCCCCAUCCAGUCUAUAACAUAAGGUUUCCCGAUUCAUAGUCUAGCAUUUUGUAAGGGAAGAAACUUCAGAACUACUAUGGCACCGGAAGUGGGUAACAGAAGUAGAAUGAUGGUGAAAAUCACUGGCAUUGAAGAAGUUAACAAAAUUAGAGGCUCUGAUAAUGGUUCUGAAUUCCUGCUUGCUUCAAAAUCACUUGUGAGGCACUUAAAAAAUGUAUAGAUGCCGGACUUCAUCUCAACAGUUUUUGGGUGGAACCUGGACAUGCAUAAUAUAUACGUUAAUAUAUACAUGGUCAAGGAAGUUCACUCAAAUUUUUGGAAGAGCUUGGAGGAAAAAGGGUAUUAAGCCAGAAGUCAUUCUUCAUCUGAAUUUAUUAUAAUUUUAGUAUUCCUUAGGCAGUCAUGGGAAUUCCUUACUUUCCAAGCCAUCAUGGUUACAUAUUUGAAAAAGCCUGUGGUGAUACCACAGGCUUCUCUGAAAAGGACUACAUGUGUAUUGUAUAAAAAAUUACACACAGUUUGGGGAUGGAGAGUGGUUGGUUUGUGGGGUUUUAUGUGUGUGUGUUUCCAAUACAGGAAUUAAAAGGGAAAUUUUGAGAAGGGGAUCAGAUUAAAAAAUGAAAAGGGAGAGAACAGGUACUAAGAAGAACUUCAGAGUAUACUAGAAGGAACCUAGGGCUGUGAACCAGGAGACCUAGGUUCUAGAACCAGCUUUUUCACUUAGUUCUAUGAUCUUCAGCUUCAGAAUCCUCCUUUAAACCAAAAAGCUGAGAACUAAAUCAGUGCUUCCAACGUGUGUUCUCUGGAAACUUAGUCUCAUCAGAUGCCAUAAGAAAAUUCUCAAAUAACUAAGUUUGCAAGCAAUAUAUAUUUGACAUGCUCUUUAUCCCCUUGGGUUCACACGUAUGAAGGACAAACCCUGUUCUGCCUAACUUGUUAUGCCCUCUCAGAAUGUUAUACUUUGCCAAAGAGGGAACAUGGAAGAGAAGGAAAGGAAUGAUGAAUCACAGAUAGUCAGGUCUCAGGAAUCACUGACAUUCCAGGAUGUGGCUGUGGACUUCACACGAGAGGAGUGGGACCAGCUCUACCCUGCUCAGAAGAAUCUUUACCGAGAUGUGAUGCUGGAGAACUACAGGAAUCUGGUCGCACUGGGGCAUCAACUUUAUAAGCCAGAGGUGAUCUCUCAGUUGGAGCAGGAGGAGCAAUGGAUGAUGGAAAGAGGCAGCUCAGGGGACAUUCGUGCAGGUGGAGAGAAUAGACCUGAUAUCAAAAAAUCAAUUCCAAACCAGAAUAUUUCUGAUGAAAAUCAAAACCAUGACAUGAUAAUGGAGAGACUAACAGGAGACAGUUUCUGGUACUCCAUCUUAGGAGGACUCUGGGAUUUUGAUUACCAAUUAGAGUUUAACCAAGAAAAUCAGCAGAGACAUUUAGCACAAGUAUCUUUCACCCACAAAAAGAUCACACAGGAGAGAAGCCUUGACUGUAAUAGAUUUGGAGAAAACUAUAAUGUAAACUCAAACCUUAUUAUGCAUCAGAGAAUUCCUUCAAUUAAAAUACCCCUUAAUUCUGACACACAAGGAAAUAGCAUAAAACAUAAUUCAGACUUGAUUUACUAUCAGGGAGACUAUGUAAGAAAGAAUCCUUAUGAAUAUAAUGAAUGUGGAAAAAUCUUCAAUCAACAUAUUCUUCUUACUAAUCAUAUUCAUACUGAAGAGAAACCCAGUGAAUGUGGGAAAGCCUUCAGCCACAACUCAUCUCUUACUCAACCUCAGAUAGUCCUUACAGGAGAGAAGCCCUAUAAGUGUGAUGAAUGUGGGAAAAGAUUCAGCCAGAGGAUUCAUCUUAUUCAACAUCAGCGAAUUCACACAGGAGAAAAACCUUUUAUAUGCAAUGAAUGUGGGAAAGCCUUCCGUCAACAUUCAUCCUUUACUCAACAUCUGAGAAUUCAUACUGGAGAGAAGCCCUACAAAUGUAAUCAAUGUGGUAAAGCCUUUAGCCGUAUCACAUCCCUUACUGAACAUCAUAGACUUCAUACCGGAGAGAAACCUUAUGAAUGUAGUUUUUGUGGGAAAGCCUUCAGCCAGAGGACACAUCUUAAUCAGCAUGAGAGAACUCAUACAGGAGAGAAACCCUAUAAAUGUAAUGAAUGUGAGAAAGCCUUCAGCCAGAGUGCACAUCUUAAUCAACAUAGGAAGAUCCAUACUCGGGAGAAAUUGUGUGAAUAUAAUAAAUGUGAGAAAACCUUAAGUUCCAGUCCUUCUCUUACCCAGCAGCAUAUAACUCACAGGGGGGAAAUCAUAUGAAUAUAUAAAUAUAGGAAAACUUUUGGUCAGAUCUUUUCAUCCCCUUGAAUAUCAAAUUAUUCAUAGAGAAGAGAAAAUUUAUAAAUAA